UCCUGUGACGGGACUCUAUACAAUACCAUUCUCCGCUGGGCAGAAAGUGCUCUUGGAAAAGUUUUACUCCUGAAAGUAUGGCCAGAUAUAAGCCCUGGCAGUUUGGUUGCUGUCUCUGUAUUGGUUUAUUGGGUGCUAUAAUAUCCAUUUGUCUCUGCAUAGCCUUCGAUGUAUUUAUCCACCGAGGAUGCUCGGAGGACACCUUCAAGAACGCGGCGGUUUCUGCGGACUCUCAACUUUGCUCAGAGAUUGGCAGAGACAUACUGCUAGAAGGAGGGUCGGCAGUAGAUGGGGCCAUUGCAGCUCUGUUGUGCACCUCACUGGUCAACCCUCAGAGCAUGGGCCUGGGAGGAGGCUCUAUAUUUACUGUUAGGGAUACAUUUGGUAAGGUGAAAACCUUCAGUUCGAGAGAGACUGUCCCACAGUUAUUCAAAGCUGACCUGCUGAAGGGCUGUCCCACAUCUGUCACAUUUAUCACAGGUAGUCAAUGGAUUGGCGUUCCUGGAGAGUUGCGUGGGUAUGAGGUGGUUCACAGACAGUAUGGGAAGCUGCCCUGGGCCCGGCUGUUUGAGCCCACCAUUAGACUGGCCAGAGAGGGAUUCCCUAUGCCACCCUUCCUGGGACGCCUCCUUAACUUCCCAAUCAUAGAAAACCUGGUGAAAGCAACAUCACUCUGUGAGGUGUUCUGCAACAAGAACAAAACGGUGCUGGGCAUGGGGGACAUAUUGAAGUUCCCUAAGCUGGCGGAAACCAUGGAAACCAUUGCAGAACAAGGAGCAGAUGCCUUUUAUACUGGCCAAAUUGGACUUGACUUGAUCCAAGAUGUAAAAGCAGCAGGUGGGACCCUAACCAUGGAGGAUCUGAAGUCAUUCCAAGUCAGAGUGGAAGAUGCCUGGACUGUUCCUCUGGGAGAUUACCAGAUGCACAUCCCUCCACCUCCAGCAGGGGGAGCCAUGCUUGCCUUUAUUCUCAACAUCAUGAAAGGGUUUCAUUUCACCCCCAGGUCCAUGGAGGGGGACCAGAAGGUCCUAACUUAUCACUGCUACAUUGAGGCUGCUAAAUUUGCUACCGGACAGAGGAGACACGUCCGCGAUCCUGUCUUUAACCCUAAAAAAAAUGCAUCGUAUAUGGUGGACUCAGAUUUUGCUGAUCGGAUCAGGUUAUUGAUCAGUAAAAACCGUACCUAUAACAACUCCUACUACAACAUCACACCUUCCCCUGACCGCUUUGGGACCACACACGUGUCAGUCCUGGCUGAAGAUGGAUCUGCAGUCUCUGUCACAAGCACCAUCAACCAAAUUUUUGGUGCAGCGAUUUACUCUCCUAGAACAGGCAUCAUCCUUAACAAUGAGCUGGCGGACUUCUGUUUUAGAGCAGAGAGAGUCAGUGCAGGUGAACAACCUCCCUCUUCAAUGGCUCCAGCUAUACUGAGCUCCAGCUCUGGAAAGAAUACCCUUGUAAUUGGGGGAUCUGGGGGCAGCAUGAUCACCACGGCCAUGGCCCUGUCAAUCAUGAACCACCUUUGGUUGGGGAUGAGUUUGAAAGAGGCCAUUGCUGCUCCUGUAGUGUUUGUUGACGGCAACAACAACGUGAACUUUGAGCCUGCCUUUGAUAAGUCUGUGAUAGAGGCCCUAAAGGUAAUUGGACACAGAGUGACAGACUACCCAUACUUCUUCAACGUGGUCAAUGCUGUGGCCAAGGAGGACAAAUGCAUCACAGCCGUGUCAGACGGCAGAAAGCAGGGCAAAGCUGCUGGCUACUGACCAAUAGAAAACCAGGACAUUAAGAGGUUCCCGGGACCAGGUGUUCCCUUACUCAGGUCUACAACCAAAUAGUGGGCCUCAGUAGAUCACUGCAGUAGAUCCAAGGGGAUCAUCAUUUUAGUGAGAUGUAUUUUUAUAGUUCAUUUAUUUUUAUAUAUUAAACCAACAGUCCAAGAGCCUUAUUCUCAACCAACAGUCCAAGAGCCUUAUUCUCAACCAACAGUCCAAGAGCCUUAUUCUCAACCAACAGUCCAAGAGCCUUAUUCUCAACCAACAGUCCAAGAGCCUUAAGAAGAAUCAAAUGUGCCUCUUGACAUAAUAGUUUGGGCUUUUUGGGGGGGGCCUCUCACUUUGGCACUCAAAUGGAUGGAGUUUCACAUUUUACAAAGUACAUACAGUACAUAUUUGUUCUUGAGGACUUACUGCACAGUACACAUACAGUAUAGUGAGGUCCUGAAGCAACUGACAUGGGAACAGAAGGUCGGUACAGCCUGUCAGCCUGUGGUAUCAUGAGGCUCUUGCUGUGACCGCAAGGACCUGUCAGAUUCAGGCAGAACGUGUAACAACACAAUCCUCCAAGUUCAUUUAUUAGUCCUUCUCUGGAGUGUAGUAGCAAUACUCUGAGACUCACACAUUCAUUAAGAUUAAACAGGUUUUCUGCAGCCCCCUUUCACAGUACAUUGGAAUAGAAUCAACAUCUGAAAUAGCAAGUAAAUCGGUUAGAGGGGCUGAAUGAAUUCUGGUGCGAUAGUGAUAGUGUGCAAUCUUGCAAAAGCUUUAAUGGCACGUAUUACCCCCCCCCCCCCCCCCCCCCCCCUGACAGAGACAAAGGCAAUAGUAAUGAGAUGUGUUUCAAUAGUGGAGCUUAUGAAUGAGUAAUGAUCUCCGAAGUGGAUCCUCCCAGGCGCUAGAUGUGAAUUAUGAAAACAUGCAAAUCUGCUACCCAGUGUUAGGUGCUGGUGUCUGGUGUUCAUGUGGGAUCAUUUGGAGUAAAGGAGCUCAGUCUUUGGUAUGUGGCAGAGUGUUUCAUCAGGUUUAGCUGAAUGAUAGUGAGGCUCUCGUGAAUCAGACCAUCUCAAACACUCGUGGAAAUGCUUGACUAAAGCCUUAAUCAACUCUCCAAUACAGCAUAUUCUCUGUCCAGGGCAUGCCAAAGCUGUAAAAUAGUUGUUAAAAGCCUUGCCUCAUAGUUUUGUCUCUUUUUGUAUCCUGCUCUCCAAAGGUUUAAGUGCUUUAUGGUCCUUUCCCUCCAAUAAUACAGUGAGAGAUGUGGUAUGAACCUGUCAGAGGAGACAGUAUUGUUAAGGUCAUGUCAUGAGCGUUUACUGAACUCUUGUUGGUGGGAAAUGAUUGUUAAAGUCAUAAACUGUAGCUCUACAGCACUUUGCCCCGUUGUCCAUAGUACGUCACAUAUACUAUGUCCAAAACAUGACGCUAAAGACGAUAGUGUCACCUUGUCCCUUUUUGUUUGCUAUAUUUGGUCAUAGAGUAUAUGGUCUAUGCUACACAUUUACUAUAUCCCUGAUAUGGUGCCACUGAGAAUAGUUUCAAGGUUUGGUUUACAUUAGUUUUCUUGUUAUCCUCUAUGCUAUUAUGACAUAAUGGUUUCAUGUUUACUGUCCAAAUAACAUGCGUCAAGUAAACGCAUGCAAUAUAUCGUUUUUUAAGUGUGGGGGAAAAGUUAUGGAACACUUAGCCUUACAAGAUAAAAAAUGAUCAUCUAUAAAUAUGUUGUCAUGGUAUAGGCAAUGUGAUGCAGAAACGUUGGUGGUUUAGUAAAUAGAUUGCUGGUAGCUUAUACAGUGCUUUUGGAAAGUAUUCAGACCCCUUGACUUUUUCCACAUUUCUUAACGUAACAGCCUUGUUUAAAAUGUAUUAAAUCAUUUUUUCCCCCCCAUCAAUCUACACACAAUACCCCAAUAAUGACGAAGCAAAAACAGGUUUUUAGAAAUGUUUGCAAAUGUAAAAACUCAAAUAUCACAUUAGCAUAAGUAUUCAGUCCCUUUACUGACUACUUUGUUGAAGCUCCUUUGGCAGCGAUUACAGCCUUGAGUCUUCUUGGGUAUGAUGCUACAGUACAAACUUGGAACACCUGUAUUUCUCCCAUUUUUCUUUGCAGAUCCUCUCAAGCUCUGUUAGGUUGGAUGGGGAGUGUCACUGCGCAGCUAUUGUCGGUUCUCUCCAGAGUUGUUAGAUCGGGUUCAAGUCCAGGCUCUGGCAGGGCCACUCAGUGACAUUCAGAGACUUAUUCCAAAACCGCAUUGUCUUGGCUGUGUGCUUAGUGUCUUUGUCCAGUUGUAAGGUGAACAUUCGCACCAGUCUGAGCGCUCUGGAGCAGGUUUUCAUCAAGGAUCUCUCUGUACUUUGCUCUGUUCAUCUUUCCCUCCAUCCUGACUAGUCUCCCAGUCCCUACCGCUGAAAAACAUCCCCACAGUAUGAUGCUGCCACCAACAUGCUUCAGCAUAGGGAUGGUACCAGGUUUCCUCCAGAUGUGACGCUUGGUAUUCAGACCAUAGAGUUGAAUCUUGGUUUCAUCAGACCAGAGAAUCUUGUUUCUCAAGGUCUGAGAGUCCUUUCGGUGACUUUUGGCAAACUCCCAGUGCUGCCAUGUGCCUUUUACUGAGGAGUGGCUUCGGUCUGGACACUACCAUAAAGGCCUGAUUGGUGGAGUGCUGCAGAGAUGGUUGUCCUUCUGGAAUGUUCUCCCAUAUCCACAGGGGAACUCUGGAGCUCUGUCAGUGACCAUUGGGUUCUUGGUAAUCUCCCUGACCAACGCCUUUCUCCCCUGAUUGCUCAGCUCUAGGAAGAGUCUUGGUGGUUCCAAACUUCUUCCAUUUAAGAAUGAUUGAGGCCACUGUGUUCUUGGGGACCUUCAAUGCUGCAGAAAUGUUUUGGGACCCUUCCCCAGAUCUAUACCUCAUCACAAUCCUGUCUCGGAGCUCUACGCACAAUUCCUUCAACCUCAUGGCUUUGUUUUUGCUCUGACAUGCACUGUCAGCUGUGGGACAUUUAUAUAGACAGGUGUGUGAAUUUACCACAGAUGGACUCCAAUCAAGUUGUAGAAACAUCUCAAGGAUGAUAAAUGGAAACAGGAUGCACCUGAACUCAAUUUCGAGUCUCAUAGCAAAGGGUCUGAAUACUUAUGUAAAUAUGGUAUUUCUGUUGUUUAAUAUAUAUAUAUAUAUAUAUAAUCAAUUUUAGAAGGCUGUGGGCGAAUCUAUUUAUUAGUAUAGCCUACAUGGUGUACUUUACCAACAUAAAUUAACAAAUGGCAAACAAACAUUGCACUUUGCAGUCGUAUCAUGAGAACAAUUGAACCAUGAAGUAAGCCCUCUGUUAUUAUUUUAAACUUUGUUUCUGUCUUCCUGUGUUUUCAUUGUUGGUCAAUGCUUAUAAGAUUGUUGCAGUCUUGUUAACAUUACAUCAUAAAACUGUUAUAUGGGUA